CCGUGUCUGUAAAAUAUGUAAACAAAGAAAAUUUGCAAAAAUGUUUUCAAAAUUAAACAUACAUUCGAUAUUUGAACGGAGAUUUCAAGCAAAUCUUAUAAAGAAUAUUGCUAAGUUUAAAGCGAAUAGAUUCGUAAAUUCUUUCAAUUUGUCACGAACAUGCUUUACAGACAGUUUCUCAGUCAUUGGUACGGAGCCCGACAGAAAUUCAUCCGAUUAUCAGGAAAACUACUCAAAAAUGAAAAAAUUAGUAACAGAUCUCAAGCAAAUUGUCGAGAACGUUUCUAAAGGAGGUGGAGAGAAAGCUAUAUUGCGUCAUACAUCCAAAGGAAAAAUGCUGGUUCGAGAUAGAAUCACUAAUCUACUUGACACUGGAUCCCCUUUUCUAGAAAUCGGACAACUAGCUGCAUAUAAUGUAUAUGGAAUGGAAGAAGUACCAGCAGCAGGAAUAAUUACUGGCAUUGGGCUCAUUAAUGGAGUUGAAUGCAUGGUUGUAGCUAAUGAUGCUACUGUCAAAGGAGGAACCUAUUACCCUUUAACAGUGAAAAAGCAUUUGCGUGCCCAAGAAAUUGCUGAAGAAAAUAAUCUUCCAUGCAUAUAUUUAGUGGACUCUGGCGGAGCCAAUUUACCUCGUCAAGCUGAUGUUUUCCCGGAUAUUACUCAUUUUGGUAGAAUAUUUUACAAUCAAGCAGUCAUGUCUUCAAAGUGUGUACCACAAAUUGCUGUUGUAAUGGGCAGCUGUACUGCUGGUGGAGCUUAUGUACCGGCUAUGGCAGAUGAAAGUGUGAUUGUGAAAGAACAAGGGACAAUAUUUUUAGGAGGACCACCUUUGGUAAAGGCUGCUACUGGUGAAGAAAUAAGUGCCGAAAACUUAGGAGGUGCUGAUUUACAUUGCAGAAAAUCUGGGGUUACUGAUUAUUAUGCAAUUGAUGAUGAACAUGCUUUGCAUCUGACUAGGAGAAUAGUAAAGAAUUUAAAUAGGAAGAAAACUCCUGAUGUUAGUUUACUGAAGCCAGUUGAACCUAAAUUUGCAAUAGAUGAUAUUUAUGGAAUAGUGGGGGAGAAUCUCAAAAGAACAUUUGAUGUUCGAGAAGUAAUUGCUCGUAUUGUAGAUGGAAGCCAGUUUGAUGAGUUUAAAGCACUUUAUGGAGAUACUUUAGUUACAGGAUUUGGUCGUCUUUAUGGUUAUCCUGUUGGAAUUAUUGGAAAUAAUGGUGUAUUGUUUUCUGAAUCAGCUUUAAAAGGCACACAUUUUAUUGAAUUAUGCUGUAAAAGAAAAAUUCCAUUGAUUUUUCUACAGAACAUCACUGGAUUCAUGGUUGGAAGAGAAGCAGAAGCAGGCGGCAUUGCAAAGCACGGUGCAAAAAUGGUGACUGCUGUUGCCUGUGCAAAAGUUCCCAAGUUGACAGUUAUAAUAGGUGGCUCAUAUGGUGCUGGAAAUUACGGCAUGUGUGGCAGAGCUUACUCACCUAGGUUUCUAUAUAUGUGGCCAAAUGCAAGAAUAUCUGUGAUGGGAGGAGAGCAAGCUGCCAAUGUUUUGGCACAAAUUACUCGUGAUCAAAGACAAAGAGAAGGGAAAUCGUGGACUGAAGAAGAAGAAAAAGCAUUAAAAGAACCAAUUAUUGAAAGAUUUGAAGAGGAAGGUCAUCCGUAUUAUUCUUCUGCCAGGCUUUGGGAUGAUGGAAUCAUUGAUCCAAAAGAUACUAGAAAAAUUCUUGGUCUCAGUCUAAGUGCAGCUCUCAAUGCCAAAAUUGAAGACACUGUUUAUGGAGUUUUUAGAAUGUAAAAUCUAAUUUAUGAAUUGAAAAAAGAUUAUUAUUUGUCAUUGCCUGUAAAUCAAAGUUGUAAAUACAUAUUUUCUGUAUGUAUAUUUUAUUAAAUUUUGCUCUUUUUUA